CAACUUCUCUAUCAUGUAUAGCACGAGAAUAGGCUGAGUUAAACCAAGGUUUAGAAGGUUUAGGUCGUGGAAAAGCAUGAAGAAUGUACGCUUCCAUUCCAGACACUGUCACCUCUGUUAUGUGUUCAGCACAAAGAGAUGGGUCUCUGACAUGGAAACCCUAAUCAUUCCAGGGAAAAUCAGCAUAUUACCUCCUCAGGUAGGGUAGGGUAGGUAGGGGUCUAACACUCAAGUGGGUCUUUCUUUUCCAAAGAAUUAUUGUUGGCCCUGACCAGUGGCCAGUGACUCCCAAUAUCCUCACCGUUACUGUUGUUGCAGGUGUCCAGGCUCAGUGCUCUCCUGGGCUCUGAGACGUGGCUCCCUCCAGCCAGCUUUCCUGAGGGUUCCUGCAGGAGUGGCUGUGGCCUGUGCUACUUGGAGCAGUACUGAACUGGAGUGGUGAGACUGGGCAACAACAUGAGUGAGCAGCUGCAGCAGCAGUCUAUCUCAGGCAUGGGAAGGUCCAGACAUGGUGGCAAGAAUGACCUGGAAGCAGGCAACUCCAACCACAGAGGAGAGAGAAAGUUUGAGUGUCAGCAGUGUGAGAAAACUUUUAGAUCCAGAGUAGGGCUUAUACUACACACCUCAGUGCAUAGUGGCAGUGAAAAUUAUAAACAUCUGAAAUGUGGAAAGAAAUUCACCAAAAUAUCUGAUCUCACUACACACACCCUGACACACAGUGGAGUUAGAAAUUAUAAGUGUUCAGAAUGUGGAAAGAAAUUCAUCAAAAAUUCUGAUCUCAUCAGACACACCCUCACACACAGUGGUGUUAGAAAUUAUGAAUGUCCAGACUGUGAAAAGAAAUUUACCAGAAAGUCUGAUCUCACCAGACACACCCUCACACACAGUGGUGUUAAAAAUUAUGAGUGUUUGAUAUGUGAAAAAAAAUUUACCAGAAAGUCUGAUCUCAUCACACACACCCUGACACACAGUAUUGUUAGAAAUUAUGAGUGUCCAAAAUGUGGAAAGAAAUUUAUCAAAAAGUCUAGUCUCGCCACACACACCCUGGCACACAGUGAUGUUAAGGAUCAUAAAUGUGAGGAGUGUGGAAAGAAAUUUAUCAGAAAGUCUGAUCUCACUACACACACCCUGACACAUAGUCAUGCUAAAAAUUAUGAGUGUCCAGAAUGUGGAAAGAGAUUUACCACAAAGUCUCACCUCAACACACACACCCUAACACAUAGUGGUGUUAGAAAUCACAAGUGUUUGGAAUGUGGAAAGAAAUUUACCACAAAGUCUGAUCUCACUAGACACACCCUGAUACACAGUGGUGUUAGAAAAUAUGAGUGUCUGGAAUGUGGAAAGAAAUUUAUUGAAAAGUCUAACCUCACUAAACACACCCUAAUACAUGGUGGUAUAAGAAAUUAUGAGUGCACAGUGUGUGGAAAGAAAUUCACCACAAACGGUCAUCUCACCACACACACCCAGACACAUAGUGGUGUUAAAAAUUAUGAGUGUCCAGAAUGUGGAAAGAAAUUUACCACAAGGGGCUAUCUCACUGCACACACCCUGACACACAGUGGUGUUAGAAAUUUUGAGUGUCCAGAAUGUGGGAAGAAAUUUACCACAAAGGGUAGUCUCACCACACACACUUUGAUACACAGUGGUGUUAGAAACUAUGAGUGUCUGGAAUGUGGAAAGAAAUUUACCACAAAGGGUAACCUCACUGCACACACCCUGACACACAGUGGUGUUAGAAAUUAUGAGUGUCUGGAAUGUGGAAAAAAUUUACCACAAAGAAUAACCUCACCGUACACAAACUGACACACAGUGGUAGAGCUACCUCUUAGACACAUUUUGUGAGUCUUCAGUCUCACUGUCAAGCAGACAUGGGCAUGAUUAUGAUUGCUAAUCAAAAAAUCAUAAUCCUUGGCUGUGAUUAUAUAAUCAUAAUAAAAUUAUAAUAAAAAAGCACAGAAUUUAUGUAAGCAUAAUCGAAUCAUAAUCAAAAUUUACUCUGCCGUGAUAAUCAUAAUCAUAUCCAAGUCAAUGUUUUUAUAAUAAUCUUUGAUUAAGAUGUGAUUUUUGUGAUUAUUUAUUUGUAAUUUCCAUUAAACAUUUUACUUUCAUGUCAAA